AUGAACAUACUUGUUGUAGUCGUGGGCUUUUUGGUGUGCAUCAGUCAGAUUCAGGCAGAUGAUACUGCAGUUGACUACUUAGAUGCUAUUCAAAAGGGCUCGCUAAACACAUGUUGCUCAGUUGAUGACUCUCCAAAAAAGGUUUCAUAUUAUACCACUGAGAAAGCUGGCACCAAAUCAGUCACAGCUACCAUCAGUCAAUAUAAAAAAUGUGGAAUCAGAAACCGGAAGAGUUGCUUGUCCUAUGCAAAUGGAUAUAGGCAAGUAACCACGUACAGGCAAAAGUUGGCAUAUAGAAUGGAAGCACGACCCUGUCCAAAAAAUAGAAUAAUUUGUUGCAAAGGAUAUGUCAACAUUAGAGGCUAUUGCAAAACCAAGGAAAAUACCUGCUGCAGAGUUCCAACAUCUAAGAAGGUCAAUUACUACACGUCUGUGAAAACAGGUGAACAACGGAUAUCAUACACUUCAACGGCGUAUAAGAAGUGUGGUAUAAGGAACCUUAGAAAAUGUUUGGAAUAUAAAGUUUCAUACAGGAUGGAAAAUGUCUACAAAAGCAAACAAAAUACCAGGACAGAACCAGUGACUUGCCCUGCAAACAAAGUGACUUGUUGCAACGGGUUUGUUGCAGUGCAUGGACAUUGCGUCGAAAGUGCAUUUGUUACUUCAAAUAAAGAACUCCUCAGAAACCUGGGAUCAACUGUAGAUGUUGGAAAGAGCAAAAACCUCUGCUGCAACAUAACCCCACCAAAACCAGUGGUGAAGUUUUACUACAGUGAAAAGGAAAAUUACGUUGCGCAAGACGUUACGAUGUAUAAGAAAUGUGGGAUUCGAAACAGACGAUCUUGUGUUGAUACUUCGAAAAAGGGUUACAGGACUAGACAACGAUACGUACAAAAGAUCGGUUAUAAACUUGGUACCACACCCCUUUGCCCCUCGAAGAACACCAUUUGUUGCAAUGACUUUGUCUAUAUCAGAGGAUAUUGCCUAGACAAAUCGUUUGCUGUGAAAAACUUGGAUUUACUUGAGAAGAUCAAAACGAGUCAAUCCAGCAAAAUUGUUGGCUAGACAGACGAAGGUAUCAAACUAGAACGAUGAAGAUAGUUACACUUAUCAUCUUAAUUGUCUUAAUGUAUACCUGAUUAUACUAGUACAUCCACCUUUUUAUAAUGUUUUACUUUGUGUUUCUUUACUAUUCACCAAACACGAGGAGACGACACAGAUUUUCCAAAAUAAUGUCAACAAGUCAAAUAUUAUAAAUAUUUUGAAUAAAAACAUGCGCAGUUGAUUGAUAUGUGCAAGUUAAGUUUACCGAGAUGUAAAGCUUGCUAUAACAUCUUUUAAAAACAUUUUAC